UAAUAUUAGGGGUGUGCUUCCCAUUCAACGGUUGAAUUGCAUACCCUGCAACCCAUUUUCGAUUUCUAUAUUAGUAACUAAUUUAUUUCAGGCAAAUUCAGCUCAACAUUCAUCACUCAAUUCCAUUGAAAUCCCAAUUUCAAAACGCAAUUUUAGAAGAGUCUCCUUGGCUCGCUCGGGAUUCAUUUUGACAUAGCAAUGGCGGAGAAUGAUUCCUUUUUCUCAAACCAAGCGGCCAAGGUCUUCGUGGCAGGCCACCGUGGCCUAGUCGGUUCAGCCAUCGUCCGGAAGCUUCAGUCCCUCGGCUUCACCAACCUCCUCCUCCGAACCCACGCCGAACUAGACCUUACCCUCCAGUCUGACGUGGAGUCAUUAUUCGCCGCCGAGAAGCCCCUGUAUGUCAUACUCGCGGCAGCAAAAGUGGGAGGCAUCCACGCCAACAACACCUACCCCGCCGACUUCAUUGCGGUAAACCUCCAAAUCCAGACCAAUGUCAUCGAUUCAUCGUAUCGCCACGGCGUUAAGAAGAUCCUUUUCCUUGGUUCUUCGUGUAUUUAUCCCAAAUUCGCCCCGCAGCCGAUCCCAGAGAAUGCGCUCCUCUCUAGUCCGUUGGAGCCCACCAACGAGUGGUACGCGGUGGCUAAAAUCGCCGGUAUCAAAAUGUGCCAGGCAUACAGGAUCCAGUACAAAUUUGAUGCUAUAUCCGCCAUGCCCACCAACUUGUACGGUCCCAAUGACAACUUUCAUCCGGAAAACUCUCAUGUAUUGCCUGCUUUGAUUCGAAGAUUUCAUGAAGCUAAGGUUGAGGGCGCAAAACAGGUGGUGGUGUGGGGGACAGGGAGUCCUUUGAGGGAGUUUUUGCACGUUGAUGAUUUGGCUGAUGCAGUGGUGUUCUUGAUGGAGGAGUAUAGUGGAUUUGAGCAUGUGAAUGUAGGAAGUGGGAAGGAGGUGAGCAUUAAGGAAUUGGCAGAGCUGGUGAAGGAAGUUGUGGGGUUCGAGGGGGAGCUUGUUUGGGAUACUUCAAAGCCAGAUGGGACUCCCAGGAAGCUCAUGGAUAGCUCAAAGCUAGCAAAUUUGGGGUGGAGCCCCAAGAUUUCUUUGAAAGAUGGGCUUGUUGAUACUUACAAGUGGUACUUGAAGAAUAUUAAGCAAUGAUGCUGCUGACAGUGUUAGUAGCAGCGGCAGGAGGAGGCAGGUUUUUGAUACUUGUUAGCAGCAGCAGGAGGAGGCAGGUUUUUGAUACUUGUUAGCAGCAGCAGGAAGUAUUAUGCCUUGCAAUGAUUAAGCUUUCGAUUUCGAGGAAUUCCUCUUGUAUUGUAUACUACAUAAUGAGUGAACGAGCUUUUGUACACCAGCUAGUUGGAUCAGGCUUUGCUAUCAGAAGUUGAGGGCUACUUGCCUUGCAAAAUUUAAUAAAAUAGUUACCUUGUAUCAGGAUCAUUAUCAUUUCUCUUCUGAGUUGUAUGCAUAAGAGUUUAUGAGAUUUUCCUGAGUUUGUUCUUUUUUAGUCUUCCAUUUAUUUUGCCAAUUAAGUACAGUAGCUUUU